AUGGCCAUCAGCCACAGUAGCCACCUGUUCGUGCCUGUGGCAUUUGUCUUCUGCCUUCUGUUACCAUUCAUUCAUGUCUCGGAUUCAUACAAUUACACCGACUCAAGACAGUUCGAGAAGAACCCCACAGUUCCGAGGAACAUAUACAACCAUAUUCAGCGGUUACCGAAUUACAACUGGAAACCACCUGACAAGUACUAUGGCCCGAGGGAAGAAUCGACGAAGAAAAACCUGAGGAUGGAAUUUACAAAACCCGAGGAUCCGGAACAAAGAACGGCGGAUCCAUGGAUAAAGAAAAUGCAGGAGAUAAGCCGACAGGAAAGAGAAAAAUGGGCAGCGUAUAGAAGAAACGUGAAACUUACCCUCGACAAUGUCGAAGAAACUACGAAAGCAGGAAAACUUACGAACAACGAAUCGAUCUCGCUUGAUCCUACCACUUCAAAAUCAAUUGUAUGGCCUCUAUUAAUGGAUCAAAACAGUGCGGACGUGAAAGACUCUUCUAGCAAUCGAUCUCAUUACACUUCUUGGCAAAAUUCAAAACAAUCUGCGACUACAAAUAUCAAUGGGGCAUUUAAUAAAAACCUCAAAAGCGACGAACGGAAUACAGAGAUGAAAAAUUUAUCUAAAAAAUUUCUUUGGAAAGCACUUCAUCAACGACAUAAGGACUACGAAAUAUCCGACAUAAAGAGAGAUACGUCCUUACGAAAUUCAUCUAUCGAUUAUGAGAAAAACAAACUUGAGGAAGAUCGUCCCAGUUCCAUAAUAAAUUUAUAUCCUAAAGAGUCGAUCUCCAAACAAUUCAAAAAUUCACAUAUUCUUAAAAAUAAUAUAAGUAUGGACAACAAUUUUAUAAAAUUUUCAGAAAACAACAAUUAUAAAGAGAAUAAAGAGAAAACGGCAAAUUCGUUAAUGCAGGAGAGCAAGAAGAAUGAAACUAGAAGAAAUUUAAAUCAUAAAACUGAUUCCAAACUUUUCUCUCAAAAUGACAAGGAAAUCAAUGAGAAUAGUAAAAAAGAUAACGAAAAGACUAUAAUAGCGAAAUUGUUGGUGCGGAAGAUCAAGGAAAAGAAAGAUGACGCGAGAGAAAAGGAUGUGACAGAAAAACGGAAUCACGAAAAAUCAUUUCAUUCUGAUAGAUGGGGCAUGAGUCACCUUUCAUCGCCACCUACAGAAUUUUUGAAGGAUAUACCUCGACGAUCGAAGCAUCAGAAAAAUAAGGAACAGACGGAAACAGACGAAAAGCACUAUGUGUUUGGUAUGGGGUAUAAGCGUCGUUUUACCUCUGAAAGAUUUCUUCGAGGACAUCUUGAUGCAUCGAGGACACGGAACUAAACACUUUUCUACGAAAAUAGGGUCAAGGCUGAAUGAAAUCGAAGGGUCUUCCAAUAAUCGACCGCUAAUUCAUCA